AUGAGGGAGAGAGGGCCAGGAGGGUACCAGGUCUGUGGCUCCCCGAGGGGUGUCUUCCUGUCUUGUGAGGGGGGGAGAGGGAGUGCGUACAGCAGCCCUGGCGGAAGCAGAGGCGGUGGAGGUGGAGAGGAGGCGCAGGGUUUGUUCGCCGGAUAUUUCCGCUCCCUGCUGGACUCUGACAACUCCUCAGACCUCCUGGACAUCUCCUCCCCUCGCCCCGACCCCAGGAAACCUCCUCCCACCCUGAGCUACGACUCUUCCAGCCCUGCCCGCGGACCAGGCCCUCGCUGGUCCCCAGCCUGCCCCAAACGCAGCCCCAAAGGAGAGCCAAGGGAGAACCCAACCCUACAUCAUCCCUCUUCCUCCUCCUCUUCCAGACCUCCUUACAGUUAUAACCUGUCCCAGAACUCCCCCACCUCCUCCUCGUUCCCCAAGUCCAACCCUCCCUCCCUCCCUCCGUCCCGCUCCCCCAGCUCCCCCCAUCCCUCCUCCUCCUACGGUCACUACACGCCUGGCUAUUCCUCCUCCACUCCUGCAGGGGGCAGCGCAGUGCCACAAAGACCCGCAGACUGCAGCUUCGCAGCCUAUGGGGCAGCAGGGCUGAGUAAGGCCUCCACGGCCUCCCCCGUGGGCCAGGGUCAGAUGGGAUAUUCCAGUUUUUCCAAGCGGGGCUAUGGGGGCUACCUUGGGCAGGUUGGACCAUCUUCUCCAGGAAGAGGGGGGUAUAUGGCCAUGGCCAAGAACAGCCCUUUCCCCUCCCCAUCUUCCCCAGAGGGAUAUAGACACUACCCCUCCAACCAGUGUAACUACAGGCCGGGCUAUGGUGGCUACCCAGGAGGCUGCAGUGACCCAGGCCCCAGCGAGCCCAAAGACAUCCUGGACAUCUCCAACUACACCCCCCAGAAGGCCAAGCGACAACCCUUCCUCGAGAGUCUAUCAGAGUCCUCCUCUGACUCCUCCCACCUAGGGGUCACCGGGUCAGGAGGUGGGGUCAGUGGCGGAGGCUCGGGGUCAGGCUCUGGAGGUGGGGCUUAUAGGCAGGGUGGAGGGAGGGAGUCUCUUCCUAUUGGUGGAGAGGGAGGUCAAGGACAGUCCAGCCUAUCAAGUCUGGAGAAACUGAUGAUGGACUGGCAUGAGAGCGCCUCAGGCCCCUCCUACAACUGGAGCCAGAACGUUCUCUUCCAGGGGCAGGGGAAGCCCAGCCGGGGGCGCAGGAAACGGAAUGCUGCCGAGCCCCAAACGGAGAAGGAGGGGGGUGGCGGACCAGGAGCAGGACCAGGGACCACCCCAGACUCUCCCAACAGCCCCCCAAGCCAGACCCAGCCCUCCACCCCAACCCAGGGUUCUGGUGGAAAACGCAGUGGAAUGGGGGGACGGCAGGCCAGGGGGGUAAGAGGAGGCAGAGGAGGGGGGCUGUCCCCGUCCCCUGGAGAGCGCCCCCCAGGGGGGAAGAAGGGUAAGGCUACUGGGGGUGGGGUUGGAGGUGGAGGGAGUGCUGCUCAGGGGGGGUUGUUCCAGGAAGGCCUUGACUACUACAGUGGAGACAGCAGCAGCCUCUCCCCCCUCCCUAACCCCACCUCACAUCUCGGCUACCCCACCGAGCCCUGUGAGUACCCCUCCCCGUGCCCUUACUCCGCCCAUCCCUCCACCCCGUCCUCAGAGGAGCACUACCCAGCCCUCUUCCCUGGUGAGGCUUCAUCCUCCUCUCUCUCCCCUGGAAUGACUUCCACAUCCUCCUCCUAUCCUCCCAAACUAUCCCCCGCUCCCCAGCCCUACCAUCCCCCUCUCACCCCUGCUCCUCCCCCUGCCUCCUUCUCCCCCUCCUGCUCACCAUCGCCACGGUUACUGCCACACUGUGGAACAGCGCUGAGCCCCCCCCAUCGUAACCUGGCAACCGUUUCCAAGGACCACUUCCCGUCCCAGUAUGAUUCUCCCAGUUACUGUAGCUCCCCCUAUUGGUACGGAGGGGCAUCGCUCAGCAGCCCCCACGCUAACACACACACCACUACACACGCACAUGCUAAUGCACACGGCAAUACACAUGUACACGCUAAUGUUAACCCUCACGCUAGCCCUAACAAUCACCCUAACACUCACACUACCGCACACAUCAACACACACACACACCCUAACAGCAACCCUCAUGCAAACAUGAGUCCACACCCACCUCAGACAAGCUUGAGCCCACACACACACCCUAACCCCAACACCAACCCGCACACACACACCAACCCCCACAUCAAUACACACCCGCACAUCAACACACACCUUCAUUCAAACCAGAACCAACAUCCACAUCCACACCCCCACCCGAACACUUACCCCAACCCCCAUCCCAACACCACACAACACUCCCACCCUAACCUCUCCCCACACACUCACCCCCACCCUAACCUCUCCCCCCACUCCCACACUCACCCCCUGCUUUAUGAGGAGCGCCCCCUCACAGCGCCAUGCCCACGCAACCUCACAAACGGGACCUGCCUCCCCACCUCAACUCAGGGCUGCGACCAGCCCCCUGCAGCUCUCCCCGUACCCAUCCCCCACCCCAAGCCUCCCCUGGUGUCCUCGCCACAUUCUGAGGACAUGGGUUACCCCCCGUACCCCGGGAUGCACACCCGCUACCACCCACAGCCCCCGCCUCGAGGAGGAGGGGUGCUCUGUCAGCUACUAGACCCCCCCAGCGAUGACAGCUUCAGUGUCACCAGCUUGUAGCUGCAGGCGCAUUAAAUCUCAACUUUUUUCAGAUUUGUAAACUUUUUUUAAGGAGAGACUUUCAGAGACAAGAUGAUGGAUCAGAAUUUAUCUCCUAACUCUGGACAGUAGAUCUUCAGUUCUCCAGCUAUGACAAUCAAAAGCCAACUGCAACACACACACAAAGGCGCACACAGACACACAGACACAACUGGAAAGAGGGAGUGGCCUAGAGGAGCUGUGGGAGGAGUGACAGACGCUGAGGAACAGAGAGGCGGGGCCUAAUGUAAAAAUUCCGCCCCCAACGCUAAACACACUAAUCCCCUAUCCCCGAAACCAUACACCCUUCGCUCUGUGUGUGCUCUAUGAGAGGAGUGGACUACAGCAUCAUCUCUUGAAUUACCAGCAUCUGUACAUAGACUCCAACUCCAGCCACAGACCCAUAACCUCACCACAACAUUGAAACAGUUAAGACAACGUUACUAAUGUUCCAUCAGUGUUUUCUAACGUUCAGGCUUUUAGCCAGGACCACAGACCCACAACCACAUCCAGGGGCGGACUGGCCAUCUGGCAUUUUGGGCAAAUUCCAGAUGGGCUGGUCCAUUUUAAGCUCCGUGGGCCUAUCUAACUUUUUUUCACGCAAAAAGAUCAUUAUUUGGCUAAUAAUGGGUGCCUCAAGGGGAAAAAGGGGCCAGUGUGUGGGCCUUGAGGAAAGAAAUGGGCCUAUGUGUUAGAAAUGCCAGGGCCAAUUUCUGGUCCAAGUCCAUCCCUGACCACAGCUGUGCUACAACAGCUCUACCCAACGUUCAAUCAUCGCUUCUCUAUUGUUCUGCCAUGGUCUCUGCUCUGAUGGAAGGACUCCAGCAUGGAGACUCUACAUCCUGUGUUUCACUGUUUUUACUAGGAGGGAAAGAGACCCGACACACACUCUGACCCCAAAGAGACUGACGUGUGUUUAUUUGUGUGUGUGUAACCACGCGGAUGGACUUCUGUAUGUAUGUAUGUGUGUGUUUGGGGUCUAAAGGGGUAGAGCUCUACAUCUGAAAUGGUGGAUGGAUGAACAGGGCUUCUCUUCCUUCUUUUACUCUCUCCUUUUUUUCCGUGGUCUUGUGUUGUUUGGUGGUUUUUGUGAUGAACAGUUGUAUAUGUCUGUUAAUGUCAUGAUGUAUCUACAGUGCCAAUAUUUAAAUACACUCUGAUCUGGCCAUUGGUAAA